UCAUCCGGGUAUCGACUCGUGUGAUUUUUUUUUAUCCAAUGAGAUUUCUUGUAACGGAAGAUAACUUUAAAGGAUGACAUGAGCCUGCUCGAGGUCUUUUGAGUUUUCCUUCUAUUAAAAAGAUUGACGUUGGAUACUUAGUUUUAUAGGUAAUCAUAGCAUAUACAGUGUAAUGUAAUUAAAGUACUACAUAUAUGCAGUUAACUCUUUAUAUAGAAAUUAUUACAUGUUUUAACAGGAAUCAACCAUGUGCUUCUUCGUGUGUUUGAUUUUUUUUAAAAUUUAUUUUGUGUCAAGGAUUAUAAGGAUGUCUUUAAAAGCCUUUCCCAUUUCCAAGUCUGUUGGAUUUGUGUUGACAAAACGAUAUUGUAUAUAUGAUGAACUUAUUGCCUUUUGUUGUCAAAAGAGAAUUGAUUUUAUGCCAGAAUGCGAUGAUCAUGGAUAUUAUGGAGUUUUUAGAAUUCAUAUGUUCUCAUUGGAAGAUGCUUUGCAUGUCAUUGAAUUUAUCCGAAGAAGAAAUUUGAAUGCAGUGUUUGUAAAUAUGUUAUGAAGCUGCACUAUGCCUAAUGGAAAAACUUGUAUAACUUGAAAGGUGUGUUCAGCAGAGUGAUCGCUAGAGAGCACAUGCCAAAAAUUGUUUUGCAUGUGUGGAAAUUUUGGCAAGUGCUCUGAGUCUCACUGUGCUGAUUGUGGGUGUCUCAAGAUUAAUUUUGUGAAAUCAUAUCGGUAAUAUGAAGAAUAAUUUAAACAGCUGUUAAAUGGAUUUCUCUUUAGAAGAAAUAUAUUUUUUUACCUCUCAUUGUAGACAUGAAUUUAUUGUAAAAAAGUCAUCUAAAAAACAUAAUUUUGCAGCUAGGUUAAUGACGGAAAGAAAAAAUAUUUUCUGUGCAAAAAAACUGUAUUUGAAAUUUUGGCUGCCAGCUGGGUAUAUUUGAACUGAACUUGCAGUAAACACAUGUUAUUAUGUAGUUGGUAUUACAGGAGUGAUUUAAAUGUAAUUAUUUUUAAAAUUUUUAUCUUUUUAGAAAUUGAGUUUGAUAAUGGAAACAAGAAGGAAAAGAAAAGAGGUAGAGAGCCAAAAGACUGAGUUACAUAAGUUGGUUACUUAUGUUAAAGGUCAGAUUGUUUUUUGCAAAUGGAAGCAUGGAAUCUGGUGGCCUGGUUUUGUAGAAGAGGUUUUUGGGGAAGAUGUAUAUAAAAUUUCCUUCUGGGAAGAAGAUGAAAUGAUUACUUGUAAUGGCAAGCUGAAUCUUCGAGAGUUUCAAAGCAAUUCAAAUUUAAUCGCUUCAAGCUUGAAAAAACUAAGAAGUCCAAGACACUUAAAAGAGAAGUAUUUGCAGGACCUUAAGCAAGCCAAAUCAAUACAAAACAGUAAUAGUCUGGAUACAUCACCUGCAAAAAUUAGUGUUGUUGAUGCUUUAAAGUUGAUAGAUGCUGACUGUGUGUCUGAAGAAAAUUAUACUACUCGAAGUAGGGUAGAAGAAGUGUUCCCAGAAAUUGUUGACAGUGUUGAGGAAGUUGUGUCAGACGACGGAUCUAAGAAUCUCUCCGGUUAUUCAGAGCACAGUAGAAAUUGUUCAAACACAGCAAAAGACAAGGAGAAGGCAGAGAGAGGUGAACAUGGAAGUCUGGAUACAUCACCUGCAGAAAUUAACGUUGAAGAUGCUUUAAAGUUGAUAGAUGCUGACUGUGUAUCUGAAGAAAAUAAUGCUACUCAAAGGUUUAGUAGGGUAGAAGAAGUGUUCCCAGAAAUUGUUGACAGUGUUGAGGAAGUUGUGUCAGACGACGGAUCAAAGAAUCUCUCCGGUUAUUCAGAGCACAGUAGAAAUUGUUCAAACACAGCAAAAGACAAGGAGAAGGCAGAGAGAGGUGAACAUGGAAGUCUGGAUACAUCACCUGCAGAAAUUAACGUUGAAGAUGCUUUAAAGUUGAUAGAUGCUGACUGUGUAUCUGAAGAAAAUAAUGCUACUCAAAGGGUAGAAGAAGUGUCCCCAGAAAUUGUUGACAGUGUUGAGGAAGUUGUGUCAGACGACGGAUCUAAGAAUCUCUCCAGUUAUUCAGAACACAGUAGAAAUUGUUCCAACAUAGCAAAAUACAAUUGGAAGGUAGAAAGAAGUGUAUAUAGAAAUAUUGGAAAAAUUACUGUGAUUAAGAAGGAUAACAAUUUAGGAGCAACUUUUUCUUUGGAGGAUGAUGAAGAAUGUGUCAUUGGAAGUGGAAGAGAAUGCGAUAUUGAAGUGUCCCUCAAAAAUGUUGACAAGAUUCAUGCAGUUGUUGCAGUUGGAAGAUCAAAGGCUUACUUAACAAAUUAUAGUAAAAGCUUUCCUGUUGUUCUCAAUGGAAAACCAAUUGAAAUUGGCCAAGAAUUGAAUGAUGGAGAUAUGCUGAUGAUUGGUGGCAGAAAAUUUCUGUUUAAUUAUGAAAAAAGUUGUCUGUCAAGAAAGAAAAACACAUUAGAGUGCUUUUUGGAGGACUUAAAGUGGGCUAAAGAAAGUCAUGACACAAGUAAGUGUCAAGUAAGGGUCUCUAGGAAGAGAAAGAAACAGAAAGGCUGCAAGGAGCAGUGCAGCAGACAGAAGAAAAAGAGAAGAAAAUUCAUAAAAAUUCAAGAGGUCCAAGGUUCGGGUGAUGUCGACUGUCCCCAUUUACAGCCCAAAGACCACAGCUGUAUGGAAAUCCAAGCAGGUCUGGGUGAUGUAGACUAUCCCCAACUCCAACCUGAUGACCACAGUUGUUCAGAAUGCCAAGAAGGUCUGAGUGACAUCAACUAUCUCCAACACCAGCCCAAUGACUACAGUUGUCCGGAACCCCAAGUAGGUCCAGGUGACGUAGACUAUCCCCAACUCCAACCCACUGACCAUAGCUGUCUGGAACUCCAAGUAGGUCCAGGUGACGUCAAUUAUCCCCAACUCCAGCCCACUGAUCACAGAUGUCAAUUUCAGUCCGAUAACCACAACUGUUCAGAACCAGAACUCCAAGCAGGUCCAGGUGGUGUUGACUAUCCCCAACUCCGGCCCGAUGACCACAGCUGUUCAGAACCAGAACUCCAAGCAGAUCCGGAUGAAGUAGACUAUCCCCAACUCCAGCCUGAUGACCACAGCUGUCUGGAACGCCAAGCAAGUCUAGGUGACAUUGACUGUCCCCAACUCCAUCCUAGUGACCACAGCUAUCAGGAAUGCCAAGGAGGUCCAGGUGACGUCGACUAUCCCAAACUCCAUCCCACUGAUCACAGAUGUCUGGAGCUCCAAGCAGGUCCAGGUGGCAUUGACUAUCCCCAACUCCAUCCUGAUGACCACAGCUGUCUAGAACGCCAUGCAGGUCCAGGUGACGUAGACUAUUCAGAGGAUUGUGAGGAUCUUGAUGAUCUAAACUAUAUUGUAAAGACUGAAGAUGAAGAGACUGAAGAUGAAAGUGACAGUGAAUCAAGCAUAUUGGAUAAUGAAAGCAGCAGCAGCUUGAUGUCUGAAGAUAAAGAGACCGAAGAUGAAGGUGACAGUGAAUCAAGCAUUUUGGAUGAUGAAGGCAGCAGGAACGAUGUUGUAGUUGAAUCAUGUCCGGGUGAUGUUUACUUUCUCCAACUCCAGCCCGAUGACCACAGUUGUCCAGAACUUCAAGCAGAUCCAGGUGAUGUCGACUAUCCAGGGGAUUGUGAGGAUCUUGAUGAUCCCGACUCUAUUGUAGAGACUGAAUAUGAAAGUGACAGUGAUUUGAGCAUUUUGGAUGAUGAAAGCAGCAGCAACUUGAUGACUGAAGAUGAAGAGACCGAAGAUAAAAGUGACAGUGAAUCAAGCAUUUUGGAUGAUGAAGGCAGCAGGAACUUGAUGAACGAUGUUGUAGUUGAAUCAUGUCCGGGUGAUGUUUACUUUCUCCAACUCCAGCCCGAUGACCACAGUUGUCCAGAACUUCAAGCAGAUCCAGGUGAUGUCGACUAUCCAGGGGAUUGUGAGGAUCUUGAUGAUCCCGACUCUAUUGUAGAGACCGAAGAUGAAAGUGACAGUGAAUCGAGCAUUUUGUAUGAUGAAAGCAGCAGCAACUUGAUGAACGAUGUUGUAGUUGAAUCAUGUCCGGGUGAUGUUGGCUACCCUGAACACCAGCUUGAUGACCACAGCUGUCCAGAACUCCAAGCAGGUCCAAGUGAUGUCGACUAUCCCCAACUCCAACCCACUAACCAUAGCUGUAUGGAACUCCAAGCAGGUCCGGGUGACGUCGACUAUCACCAACUCCAGCCCGAUGACCACAGCUGUCUGGAAAGCAAAGCAGGUCCAGGUGAUGUCGACAACCCCCAACUCCAACCCACUAACCAUAGCUGUCUGGAACUCCAAGCAGGUCCAGGUGACGUUGACUAUCCCCAACUCCAGCCCUAUGACCACAGCUGUCCAGAACCAGAACUCCGAGCAGGUCCAAGUGACGUUGACAAUCCCCAACUCCAGCCCGAUGACCACACCUGUCUGGAAAGCCAAGUAGGUCUGGGUGAUGUUGAAUAUCCUCAACUCCAGCCCGAUGACCACAGCUGUUCGGAACGCCAAGUAGGUUCAGGUGACAUCGACUAUCCAGAGGAUUGUGAGGAUCUUGAUGAUCCUGACUUUAUUGUAGAGACCGAAGAUGAAGAGACCAAAGAUGAAAGUGACAGGGAAUCAAGCAUUUUGGAUGAUAAGAGCAGCAGCAACUUAAUGAACGAUGUUGUAGUUGAAUCAUAUCAGGGUGAUGUUGGCUAUCCCGAACUACAGCCUGUUGAUCACAGUUGUACAGAACUCCAAGCAGUUCCAAGUGAUGUCGACUAUCCCCAACUCCAACCCGAUGACCACAACAGUUCAGAACUCCAAGCAGGUCCAGGUGAUGUUGACUAUCCCCAACUCCAGCCUGAUGACCACAGUUGUGCAGAACUCCAAGCAGGUGCAGGUGAUAUCGACAAUCCCCAACUCCAACCCACUGACCAUAGCUGUCUAAAACUCCAAGCAGGUCCAGGUGACGUUGACUAUCCCCAACUCCAGCCUGAUGACCACAGUUGUGCAGAACUCCAAGCAGGUCCAGGUGAUAUCGACAAUCCCCAACUCCAACCCACUGACCAUAGCUUUCUGGAACUCCAAGCAGGUCCAGGUGAAGUUGACAAUCCCCAACUCCAGCCCGAUGACCACAGCUGUCCGCAAGGCCUUGCCAGUUCAGAUGACGUCGACUAUCCAGAGGAUUGUGAAGAUCUUAAUGAUCCCGACUAUAUUGUAGAGACCGAAGAUGAAAGUGACAGUGAGUCAAGCAUUUUGGAUGAUGAAAGCAGCAGCAACUUGAUGAACGAUGUUGAAGUUGAAUCGUGUAUGGGUGAUGUUGACUAUCCCCAACUCCAGCCCGAUGACCACAGUUGUCCGGAACUCCAAGCAGGUCCAGAUGACGUCGACUCUCCCAAACCAGAGGAUUGUGAGGCUCUUGAUGAAAGAGAUUUAGAUUGUGACAACCCACCGUGCAAAAGAAAACUUGAUGAAAAAGACUGUUUAUUUGACAAAAAGUUCCCAAAUGUUUUUAUUAAGGGAUUGAAAAAAGACAAUGCAAAAUCCAAGCACAAUAGGGUAUAUGAUUGUGUUCAUGCCUGUUUAUACUGUCAUGAAUUGUUCACCAAUAUACAAAGUCAUCUAGAACGUAGACAUGUAAACCACACCAAGGUAAAGGCUAUAAAAGAACUCAAAGACCAAAAGAUGAAAGAAACUAAUCAGGAGAAAAUUGAUAAGUUGGAGAAAAGGCUGAAUUCAGAAAUGAAACUUCUUAGAAACUUGGGAGACCACCAUCAUAAUAUGAAAGUUCUCAGGCAUAAAGAAGGUGAGCUUCUCUUGCCAAGAAGAAGGCUUGUUACCUUUAACUUUGAAGAGUAUGGUCCAUGUCCUAAAUGUAAAGAGUGGAUGGUACUGAAUUCUUCUAUCAGUAAUCAUCAGAAAACAUGUCCAGUGAAAAGUACAGACUAUCACAAAGGUUCUACAAUUAUACAAAUUGGAAUCCUUACAGGAAAAGUGAAGACAACAGGUUCUAAACGGAUUGAGAAAGAAGUGUUACCUUCAAUGAAAAGAGACAAAUUUGCAGAGAUCUGUAUGAAUGAUCCACUCAUCCUUGCAUUGGGAGACGUUUGGUUCAUGAAAAACAUUGAUAAUAAAAGAAAAAGAAAAAACUAUUCUAGUUUUCAUAUGAGGCUAGCAGCACGGCUUCUUUUAGCCUUUAGAAAUUUGGUGAAAAGAAUGGACGUUUCAAUGAGUGAGAUGCUUAGCCCUGAAAACUUUGAUAAUGUGGCAGAAGUAGCUCUCCAAAUUUGCAAUAGUACCGAACAUGAAGAGGAUGAACUCCAGCAUCCUAGCACAGCAAUUAAGUCUGGGUUUGACCUUAUGAGGAUGGCAUCCUCAAAAGUAGGAAUUUCUAUCAAAACAAAAAACAAAGAAAUGAAGAAAGAGGGAGAAGCAUUUAUGUAUCUUAUGAGUAAAGAAUGGGGUUACAAAGUUAACAAAGUUGCAAGAAGUACUCUGUCGGAGCGAAUGUUUAAUCAGAAGAAAGAGCUCCCUUACCCCGAAGACAUAAUGAAACUUUCAUCUUAUUUAGUAGAAAAUUUGGAAUUUGUAGAUCUAUCUUACACUGCUGUUAGUGGUAUGAUGUUCAGACGCAUUGUGAUGCUAGUGGAAGCACGCCUUAUCUUGUAUAACCGCAGGAGACCUGGAGAAUUAGAAGCUCUGAGCUUGCAGUGUUACAGAAAUCGAUCAAAGGAAGUCAGUGCAACCGAUCUCUCUCUUAGAGAACAACUUAGCAAGUUUGAGAAGGAAAUGCUUGACAAUCAGGAAUUGGUGGAGAUACGGGGAAAGAAUGGGACCAGAGUACCGGUUAUUUGUCCGAAGGAGGUUAUCCCUGCAAUGAAUUAUCUUGCCAGUAAAGAAAUUAGAAAAAAGGCAGGAAUAAGAGACGGAAAUCCUUUUCUGUUCGCAAAUACUGCUGAAGAUGUUGUUAGGGCUGGUCUGGCUCUGGAGGAAAUACGAACAGAGUGCCGCUCUUUGAAAUUUCCUGAUAGAAUAUACGCUACAAACCUUAGGAAAUAUUGUGCCACUAUUGCCCAAGUUAUUGGGCUCAAGGAUCAUGAACUUAAAUACUUGUGUAGACAGGGGCACACCAUGGAAGUUCAUGAGUUGCACUAUCGCAGCACAUCAGGACUAAUAGAACGACUUGAAAUUGCCAAACUUAUGGUCAUGCAAGAAUGCAAUGUAGUUGGAAAGUUCCAUGGAAAAAGUUUGAAAGAUAUUACUUUCGAAGACAUUUUGGAUAAGGAAGACAUUUCCCCCACACAAGGAGAAGCCACUAGAGGAGAAGAAACUCCUUCAGUAGAAGAUACAAGUCUAUCUCUAGAUGACAUGGAAGAGGAUGUAUUAGUAUCAAGAAGGAAACCUAAGAAAAGUGUAAGAAAAGCAUGGACAAAAGAAGAAGAAGAAGAAAUGAAGAAAUAUUUUAAGACGUACUACGAUGGUACUACGAAGAAAACUUGCCCAAGUAGAGCAGAAUGCCAAAGAGCAAUUGAGUUGAGCAAAAACAAUGGUGGAUACAUACACCUGAGGAGUUGGGAAACAAUUAAAAAAAAAGUUAACAAUUUUCUUUUCAGCUCUGUCAAGAAGAAGUAAAAACAGAUGUGCAAAUAUGACUGGAAACAUUGGACAUUAGGCUAGAACAUAUUUUUUUAUCAUGAUUGUUUUGCAUUCUUUUUUCAAUGAUUGUUUUGCAGUGUUCUAUACCAUUUUUUUUCCUAAACUCAGUUACAAAGUAAUUGUAGACAAUUCUGUUGUCAAAGCUAACUCUCUGGUUCCUGUUUAGUUAGACCAGAUCUAUACUGAGUUAAAUUUUUUUGAAUAUAAAAAUGGGACACAAGUCUAUGUGAUUAAAGUCAAGUUUUCUUUGUUGAUUGUUGCCCUAUUGGUCAUUUAUAAGGCGUCGAGAAAAUGUCAGCUCGAUGCCUGUGUGGCUGUUCCGGCCUUUGAUUUAUUUUUUGCUAUGGUAGAGAUAAAAGAAUUACCUCUUCAAAUAAAUUGGUUAAAUAAAGACAUUUGCUUUACUUAC